AUGAGCACUGGAAGGCGUAGAAUUAACACUAACUGUAUUUGUUUAUUAGGUUUUGAUGACUCUUUUGCCUACUUGGCGUGGGUGCUGCUGCCAUUACUCUGCUAUCUCUACUGCCUGCUUCUUUGGUUUAUCGUGUCUAGUGGCUGCUUCUUUAGUCUUUGCCUGCUGGUCUCUGGUGUCGCUCGUUCUUCGGUUUUCUAUAGUGUUGAUGUUGUUGCUGCUGGUGUUGCUGCUGGUGUUGCUGCUGCGAAUUUGGUCUUUCCUGGUCUACUGUCUUUGGUGCUUGCUCGUUCUCUGGUGUCACUCGUUUUUUGGUCUUUCUAUUAUGGUGCUGGUAUUACUGCUGAUGUUGUUGCUACUGCUAAUCUGGUCGCUCCUGGUCUACUCUCUUUGUUGUAUGCUCGUUCUGUGGUCUAUAUCCGGUGA